AUGAGUAUUUCCCUUGAAAGCAAAACAAAAUUGCCACAAAAAAUUCUGGAAAUCAUCUCCGAUGGAUCGGCGUUGUUGUCAAUCCCGAUGAGCGGCUCACAAGCCCAGGAAACACUUCUAACCAGCGCGAAACACUUCAGCACUGUAGAGCAAAUGAUUGAUAAUACUGAAAGAAUUCUGCGCGAUAUCGAGAAAAUGGUCGAUGAUGUCGCCAAAACAGCUGACCAGAUGGAAACAGGAUUGGAUUAUGUCUGCGACAUCCAGGAAACUCUCCAAAAAGUGGAACGACAAAACUACUACAGUGCCGUCCCGAAGUCAUUUUCUGCCGAGAGCUUCUCUUCGUCAGUAGCCGGUGAACGACCAUCAACAUCGAAUGCUUAA